AUGAAAGAGUUAUAUUUGUAUCCAUCUCUUACGCUCAAUAUUUUAACUAGUUCCCAUGCAAUCACUGAUGUUACCCGAGUUGUUGUUUGGUCCGGCGUGAUGACUCACAGAACUUUUGCCCAGUGCAUGCGGGACGCCGGCUUUGUGAAUGGCCUUAGUGAUUUUCGGCGCCAUCUUAUUUUCCCUGCAUCAUAUGCUGAACACGAAAUUGAAAGCCUUAUGGAUAAGAACCAUUUGACAACCUUGGAGGAUAACUAUAAAUUCAUAACUGAGGAGGAAUUAUCUCCGAGAAUUGCAAAAGAAAUUAAUGAAAACGAAAUAUGUAAAAUGCGCACAUUUGCUCGCGACGUCGAUAACUUCUUUAAAGAGCAUUUACGCGACCUCUCAAGGUUGGAUCAAUCCGAAGAGUUCACUCAGCAACGUCAUGGUUACGAGGACACUACUGUUUCUCAAAAACUUUAUUCCGUUGACAUAAAGACUCGGAGAACGCCUACCGAACUUGGACAACAGAAGGAUAGACUAUGCAAAUGUCCUAGCAUCAAUAAUGACGGAUCCAAACCGUCAACUACUUGCCAUAUCUGUUAUCGGCUUAGAGAGCUCAGGCAAGUCUACCUUGUUGAAUUACCUCUUCAAAUGCGGUUUUUCGACUUCGGCUGGACGAUGGGAAUGUAUAUGUCAUAUCGUCCUUCUGUGUUUAACAGACAGCCAAUUGACCUUAUACUGGAUUCAGAGGGCAUGGGGUCUACAGCUCAGAAAUACAUUACCAGGCGCACAAGUUUCGACAUGAAAAUCACGAUACUUGCUUUGAUGUGCUCCCAAAUCGUCAUCAUUAAUACCAAGGGCUUAACGUCAAUAUCCUCUUAUCAUUUGGACGCAUUGAAAGCAAGCAAUUAA